CUUAUUAUUUGUAACAGUGAAAAUCUCUCUGUGGCUGCACUUUUCAUUUUUUAACUUUACGUGACUGGUGAUAAUGAGCUUGGAAUGGUGCAGCUGACAGCGGGGAACUGGACUUUGCUUUUGUUUUAUGGCUGUGAGCUGCGGAUAUGUUGACGCCCAGUGAUCACUUUGUUGUUCAGCUUUGCAGACCCGUUGGGAGGAAAAGCGGUAGAAAGGGACUGAUUUGUUCAGACUUCUGUUCUUCUGAGAGAUGUCUAGGUACCACAAAGCGGCGAUUGAUGGAAACUUGGACCUCUUAAAGGAGGCCACAAGGAAGGACCUGAACACUGCGGAUGAGGAUGGCAUGACGCCCACCUUACUGGCUGCUUUCCAUGGACAUGUGGAUGCUCUUCAGCUCAUAUGCAGCAGAGAAGGAGACCCCAACAGGAGUGACAUAUGGGGAAACACACCACUGCAUCACGCUGCGGCUAAUGGCCACAUGCACAUUCUCAGCUUCCUUGUCAACUUCGGUGCCAACCUGUUUGCAUUGGACAAUGAACUCCACUCAGCCAUGGACGUUGCCGCUUCCCGUGACCGCAUGGACUGCGUGCGCUUCCUCGACGCAGCUGCCUCACAGCAGACCAUUCAAAAUCCAAAGAAGGUCGCCAAUCUGAAGAAAGAAGCAGCGAAAGAAGCGGAAAAACGUGUGAAACUGUGUGAGAAGGUGAAGAAGAAACACCAGAGCAAGAUGGAUAAGAGGUACAGAGGACCUGGCAACACCGGGUCUGUGUCAGACACAAGCACGGCUUCAUCAGUCUCGAACACUGGCACCAUGUCUGGCGUCAAUGAGCAGUAUUCCAAGCUCAUUGCUGCUGAUAAAACAGGCUCCCUCACAGCCAGGGUCAAAGGCACACUCCAGAAGAGGCUUGGUUUGAAAGAGAAAGGCACACUGCAGAGGCCAGCAGCGGAUGGAAAUGUCAUUUUCCUCAAACAGGACAACGGUGGUUCUGAGAAACCAGAGUUUCUGGACGUGUUCACCGAGCAGGACGAGAACGUGUCUGAUGAAGAAGGAAUGUCAGGCUCUGAAGAUGAUGACAAAGAAGUCAAGCAGUCCAUCUUCAACCGGCCUGGCCUUGGAGGUUUCAUCUUUAUGAAGAAGAUGGGCGCGGACUCCGAGGAUUUCUCCACUGGGAACAAUGAAAAUCUUGGCUACCUUGUUCAAAAUGAGCUGUUUGAAGCAGAAGAAGAUGGCGCCGCCUUUGGGACUGGUGACUCUGACCUGCCGUGGGAACAGGAAGAUCUGGGCCUGGAUGAUGAUGAAGAGGAGGAAACCUCUCCUUUGGAUGCAUUCCUGUCUGCUAUCUCCUUGCCAGAAUUCGCACCCGCCUUCAGCAGAGAGCACCUUGAUCUGGAGGCUCUCAUGCUUUGCUCUGAUGAUGACCUAAAAGGCAUUCGCAUUCAGCUGGGACCCAGGAAGAAGAUCCUGGAAGCUGUUGCCCGGAGAAAGAAUGCGUUUGAGGCUCCUGGCAUCAUAAAGGACAGCUGCUUGUGAUCCAGUGAAAAAUGUGCACAUGAAUCCAUAUUCAAGUUUUAAAUGAGGCCAACACAUGUUCUUUAUGGAAAUUACAGUCAAAUUGAAAGUCAGUGCAUUCAAAUGUUACUUAAAGUACAAAUAUAAACAUAAGUGUAAAUAACAGAAGUAAAGACUACUGAAAAUGUAUAAAUAGCUCAUGUAAGUGUCACACUUUGUUGUAAUAAAUAAAAUGAUGAUGAUGAUGAUGAUGAU